AUGGCUUUACCCUUACCUCCCGGCUUGACGCCAAUGGAGGUUGCUUUUCUAUGUGAAAUGGAAAUGGUUACAGUCGUUCCUCGACAACGACUCGAGAGCCUCGAUUUAUUAGGUGGCAAGACAUCUGCUCUACGACCACCACAUCGUGCCCCUAUACCCUUAUGGCUUGCUCUCCUCCUCAAGCGACAACGCCGUGCGAAUAUUUUACCUCCACCAUGGCUUCAUCCUCAAUCUCUCGAUAGAAUUCUCAAAAUCGAAACCGAUAACCCCGAAGGCUUCUCUCCUCCUCCUCCUCUCGAUCCUCGCACACCGUCCACAAUAUCCCCGCCAUUCCUCUCAUCCAAUACCGUAGACUCGUUACAAGAGUAUCUGCCAUAUCAUUGGAUUGAUAUGGGCGAAAUAUUGCUUGAAGCGGCGAGCGACGAUAUACAGGAUCCAGAUAGAGUUCGGGAAUUACUUAGGGAUCUACGGGAAGUGAGAAUGGCAAAAAUGAGAAGUAGUACAUUGGCAGUAGAAGGAGGUGGGCUGACCAGUCUGCAAGGCGUUGGUGCGAUGGAGGUCAGUGAAGGACGAGGAUUUAUUACAGGCGUUAUGGAUGGGUUGCGAAAACUAGGAGCUUCUAGGGAAGUUUCCAGGCGAGAAAAAGAACAAGAAGGUGCUGGAGGUCGAGGUGAUGGGGACAGUGAGGAUGAAGAUAUGGAGUUAUGA